AUGCCAUCUGUUGUUGGGAAUGAUCAAUAUGGGGUAUACCCAACCGAUGGAACUACAUUUCAGUUGUCUCCAGAUCCGUUGGAUGAUUACCAAAGAUAUCUAUUUGUAGAAGUGUAUGAACUAAUGCGACCCAGUUUGGCGCAAUUUCCCCAUGCUUUGAAGUCACAGUUAUCUAUCGACCGGAAGGAAUACAAGACAAAUACAGUUUUUGAAUCAUUCGAAUCGCAAUCCAGUGGUGAUAUAAAUGAGGAAGGAUCUCAUACCUUGGGCCAAGAGAAUAAUGGAAAAUAUACCAACGAAAGGCGACAGAAUCAUCGUAAUAAGUCGGGCAGCCUGGGAAAGUUGAAAAAAUCUACCAGUUUAAUUUGUAACGAAUAUAUCAUUCCGGAUAUAUCAAGAAACCCGGUGACACAACGGACUUUUGACCCUCAUUUUCAGCCGUAUUUGCAAUUAACUCCAUACAACAUUCUUUCAUUAGAAGACGAACAAGAAGACACUGAUCCAAACCAACCAUGUUUUCCUGAUGAUUUAUCUUCUUCUGACCGUGAGUUGAGGACUGCUAUAAACCUGUCCAAUAAACCAGGUUCUAACAUUACAAAAAAUCAAGAAUUUAGAAUGAUUAAAUUGAACGCCAAGAUUAACCAAACACUGAUCAUAAAUCCAAACAAUUGCAUAAUUUGGAAUUGUGAAACGGGGUAUGUGUUUUUCACUGGUAUUUGGAGAUUGUACCAAGAUAUCAUGAAAUGCUUAUGCACCACGAAUAGACAAUAUCAACAAGACCAAUCUGCCCGCAUCCAUUGUUGUAAAGAAUUGCAGAAAGUCUUGUUCCAAGUCAUAUACGGUAAACUGGACAAACCAAGUAAAAAAGACUCCCAACAAAAAUGGAACAAAUGGUUUCAAAGAGAAUCCUUCUCAACUUAUAUCGAUUUGCAUUGGCAUAAGUUGAACCCUACAUUAUCAACGCUAUUGGGUCAAUCCUAUGAUGCAAAAAUUCCCUUUGAACGUAUGGUGAAGAGAAUUAGAGGAGGAUAUAUCAAGAUUCAAGGGACUUGGUUGCCAUAUCCUGUUUCUAAAGAGUUGUGUUCGAGAUUUUGCUACCCCUUGAGAUAUCUACUAGUCCCAUUGUUUGGUCCCGAUUUUCCUGAGAAAUGUGAAUACUGGUAUUCACAAAGAACAGAAAUUUCGCCGUCCCUCACUGCUUCAAUCUCUCCAAAGUCAACAAAUUCCAUCUCAACUCUCACUAGCGAUGAAAGAGAUAGCUUGAAUACUGCUCAAGAUCUUCUAAAUAUUUCUCGCAGAUCUUCCUGGAAUGAAUAUAGACACCCGUCGAUUGUUCCUCAAAUCCAUCUGCAAAAUCGUCACUAUCGUUCGCAAUCAUGGACCGGAAUAGUUCAGCAGAAUCCAGCUGCUGAAGAAAGAAGAAAAUCUUCUGAUGUCACUUUACCGCCAAUACAGUAUUUGUUUGAUGAUAUAAGAAACUCAUACUUAGAUGACCCAAAAAGAUAA